AUGAGAUCUCAAAUUAUUUGGAGUGAAAUCAUCGUAAGACCUAAAUAGCCACCUCCUGACUCCAGCGAGCUAGGAAACACCAUCUGGUCUCUAACUUUUAAACCAGACGGAAGUGAAAUUGUUAUGGCAAUAGGAGACAGGAUUUUUGUCUAUGAAGCCCAAACCGGUAACUUACUCCAUUCUCUUCGGGCCCAUGAUCCCGGCAAAAAUGUUUACGCAGUCGCUUAUUCAAAGGACGGCAAACGUUUUGCAUCAGGAGGGUAAUUUUUAUUCAGUGCUGAUUACAACGUCAUAAUCUGGACAAGCAAAGCAGAAGGAAUCCUCAAAUAUCAGCAUCAAUCCUCAAUUCAAUGUUUAGCUUACAACCCAAUCACUCAUCAGCUUGCGUCAGGAUCUUGCACUGAUUUCGGAAUCUGGGGACAAGAACAGAAUAAAGUCGAAAAAUUUGCCUUGCCAAGCAAAACUUUGUGUAUGGCUUGGUCCAAUGAUGGAUUGAUUUUGGCUAUUGGGAUGUUUAAUGGGAAUGUUACAUUAAGGGACAAAACUGGGGUAGCGAAAGAGACCUUUGUAAGAAAUGCACCGAUUUGGUGCUUGGAGUGGAACCCUUCAAAGUCAAAAGACUAUAGUGGACAGCUUGCAGUUGGGUGCUGGGAUGAAACUCUUUCGUUUUGGGAUGCCACUGGGAAGCAGAUUGGGAAUGACAAAGAUCUAGGGUUUGACCCAUGCAGCAUUUCUUAUUUUUCCAAUGGAGAGUUCAUGGUGCUUGCAGGGUCUGAUAAGAAAGUCACAUUGUGGACGAAGGACGGAAUUUGUCUGGGGCCAAUAGGAGAGCAUAAAGAAUGGAUAUGGACUGCCAAAGUAAGACCAAAAAACAACUGUGUAGCUAUUGGGUCAGAUAAAGGGACAAUCUGCCAUUAUCAGCUGUCUUUUUCUAUAGUUCACGGCCUUUAUCAAGAGCGUUAUGCAUAUAGAGAACUGAUGACUGAAGUAAUAAUCCAGCAUUUAGUGACUGACCAAAAAGUCAGCAUUAAAUGUAGAGAUUUAAUCAAGAAAAUUUCAGUAUAUAAAGACAGACUUGCAGUCCAACUCCCAGAAAAAGUCGUUAUUUAUACAGUGCAGCCUGACGAUGAGAAUGAUAUGAGAUAUAAGUCUUUUAAGAAAAUCAACAAAAAGUUUGAGUGCUCUUUGAUGGUUUUGACAUAUUGGAAUCUAUUAUUCUGCCAAGAUAAAAGAUUGCAGCUUUUUGACUUUGCUGGAGAGCUUGAAAGAGAAUGGAAUAUGGAAGCUCCAGUCAGGUAUAUAAAGGUUAUAGGAGGACCUCCAAAGAAAGAAGGAGUAAUAGUUGGAUUAAAAAGCGGCCAAGUCGUGAAGAUAUUUGUUGAUAAUCCUUUUCCGAUACCACUGAUAAAGCAUAAUUCUGCAAUUAGAUGCUUACUCUCCCCCUUGACUAUUAAAAAUAAAAAUCUGCUUACUCCCCCUCCCCCCCCCCCCUCCGUGAGCGAACAAAACCAUUAGAAAAAUCGCCAUUUUUUGACCAAAAACCCACCCUCCGUGAGUGAACAAAAAUUUUUUUAAUAGAAAAAAUUUUAAUGGAAAAAAAUUUUGAUAUAUAAGUGAUAAUUAGUAUAAUGAAAUCUAGAGCUAAUUCUGUUUAAUUUUAAACAAAUUGCGUUUUAAAACAUAAAUUUUGCAAAUUAAAUUAAUAUUUGCUUCCCAAUUUUUGCAAAUUAGGAUUUUUUUAAAUUUCGAAAAAAAUAUUUUUUAUAAAAUUUAUAUAUAAAAUUUUUUUAAAAAAAAAAAAAAAUUAACCCCCCUCCGUGAGCGAACAAAAUUUUUUUGUUCGCUCACGGGGGGGGGGGGGGGGGGGGAGUUACUAAACAGAGAACGGUUAUUUCUUUUCGGAAUUUAAAACGCUAAAUUUGUAAAUAUUUUAAGCCGAGAUCUAAUUUAAUAUAUAAAAUUUAUGUUUUAGAAGCAAGCUUUAGUGCAAAUUGUUUCUAAUUUCAUUGUUUCAACGAUUUAUUAUAUAUUGAAAUAAAGUUUACCAAAAAAUUUAUAUUACAAAAAUUUAUGCUGAUGAUUUUAAAAAAAAAGGGAUUUUUUUAAUUGUUUGCUUACUAUCUAUGGGGAGCUAGAUAUAUCGAGCUACAGAAAAAAGUUAGCAAUAGUAGAUGAGAAUCAAAACUUACUGGUUUAUGACUUGAAGACACAAGAAGUAAUCUUUCAAGAUUCCCAAGUUAGCGCUGUAGCCUGAAAUUCAGAAAUGGAAGACAUUAUCGCUUAUUCUGGAGAUGGCACAUUAUCUAUAAAAACCGGCCCAUUUCCUCCUACAACUCAAAAGAUGCUUGGCUUUGUCGUAGGAUUUAAAGCUUCCAAAAUUUUUUCGCUUCAUUAUAUUACAAUGAACACAGUAGAUGUCCCUCAAUCUGCUGCAAUGCACAAAUAUAUUGAACAAAAAAACCUUGACCUAGCUUAUUAUGUGGCUUGUCUUGGGGUUACUGAGCAAGACUGGACCACUCUAGCUAUAGAAAGCAUUCAGCUGCAUAAAUUUAAUCUAGCCAAAAAAGCCUUUUUGAGGACCAAAAACAUCAGGUUCCUUGAGCUCUUAUCGAGAAUUGAAAUUGAAAGAAAAAAUCCUAAUUAUAGUGAUUACAUAAUGAUGGGAGAAGUAGCUGCUUAUCAAGGGAAAUAUACAGAAGCUGCUACUUUAUUUAAAAAAGGAAAUGAUCCUAAACGCGCUGCAUUCAUGUAUAAUGAGCUAAAACAGUGAAGUAAGGCUGAAGAGUUUAUGAAAUUUCUAGAUAAGAAAGAACAGGAUGACUUUUGGAUAAAACAAGGUGAAGACGCUACAGAUUGGAAACUUUCUGCAAAGAUAUUUAUGAAUAUUGGAGAUUAUAAAAGAGCAGUUGCUAUAGUAGGAAAUAACAGAGAUAUGGAAUAUUUGAUAGAAAUCUGUCGGCAGAUGUCAAAAUCUGAUAACCUUGAGGCUCUGCAGCUAUGUGCUAACUAUUUUAGAAAAAAUAUGCACCAUAAAUAUGCUGUUGAGGCAUAUUUGAAAUUAGGAAUAAAAAAAUGCUAACUACUCCCCCCUCCGUGAGUGAACAAAACCAUUAGAAAAAUCGCUAUGUUUUUGCCCAAAAACCCUCCGUGAGUGAACAAAAAUUUUUUUAAUAGAAAAAUUGUUUUAUGGAAAAAAAUUUUGAUAUAUAAGUGAUAAUUAUUAUAAUGAAAUCUAGAGCUAAUUCUGUUUAAUUUUAAACAAAAUGCUUUUUUUAAAACAUAAAUUUUAUAAAUUAAAUUAAUAUUUGCUUUCCAAUUUUUGCGAAUUAAGAUUUUUUUAAAUUUCGAAAAAAAAUAUUUUCUAUAAAAUUUUUAUAUAAAUUUUUUUUAAAAAAAAAAAAUUAACCCCCCUUCGUGAGUCAACAAAAUUAUUUUUUCACUCACGGAGGGGGGAGUAAAAUAAAAAUACUAAAAAAAUAAAAAAUAAUAAUAAAAAUAAAAAUAAAAAUAAAAAUUUAUUAAAUUAGGAGACCUUAAAGCGCUUCUCAAUUUGCACGUUGAGCUUGAAAAAUGGGAAGAUGCGUUCAGAGUGGCUAAACAAAACCCUGAACUACAAUCAUUGCUGUACCUUCCAUACGCAAACUGGCUUAUUUCUAAAGACAGGUUUGAAGAAGCAAGAGACGCUUACAAAAAAGCUGGAAAAUCAGAAGUUGGGCUUAGACUUUUUGAAAAACUCAUAGAAAAUGCUUUCACUGAGCGAAGAUUCGAAGACACAUCUAGAUACUAUUGGAAACUAGCAUUAGAGCAUUUGACAUUAAUUAAAGACUGUAUGAACCCUACACCUGAAUGUGUUCAGCAUUUUACUCUCUACGAAGAGUUCAAGAAAUACUCAGAAAUUUAUUAUGCAUACUCCUUUAUCCACAGAUAUGCAGAGUCACCAUUUUUACUCCCAACUCCAAACUAUGAAGAAACCAUUUUCAACGCCUGCCGAUAUCUUCUUAACUCAAUGCCAAACCCUCCUCCAAAAGGCAUUAACAGACUCUAUGUUUACUUUUCACUGGGAAGGCUUGCAUCUAAGCUUGGAGGCUACAAAACAGCAAGAGUUGCAUAUGAAAAGUUGCAAAAUUUAAAGAUUCCAUCUGAAUGGCAAGAAGAGGUAGAACAAGCUGCAUUGGCAACUAAGGCAAAACCAUAUGUGGACAGAGAAGAGCUAUUUACUGUGUGCAACCGCUGUAUGAAUACAAAUCCUCCUUUGAAUGCUUCAGGUGACCAAUGUUCUGCUUGCAAACAUCCAGUCAUAAGAUCGUUUAUAUCUUUUACUCCACUCCCAUUAGUAGAAUUUGAACCUAAUGAAGCAAUAGAGCCUAAAAGAAUAAACAUGCUAAUUCACACUGAAUCCCCUCAAAAAGCCUCAAAGCCGAAAAAAGCCCAAGCAGGCGGCUGGCAAGAAAGCUUAAAUGUAGAAAUGCAAGACCAAGAAGACGUUUUUGUACAGAAAAUAAUGGAAUGGGCUGAAGUCCAAAUGACUCAAGAUGAAUAUCAUCCAGUGGUAGUCGACGAGUAUACUCUGGCAUCCAUUCCUGCUCAAGACAUCUUUAUUCUUGACUUAACAAAAAUAAACCCUACCCUUCCUAAGCGUUAUUUCAAGCUGAUGAUUCCUGAUGUAGAAAUUGUCCUCUGUCCUAACUGUGGCCAUUUCUUCUUACAGGACGAAUAUGACCUCGCAUUUUUAGAAACGAAUGCUUGUCCAGUGUGCCAUGCCCAAGAAUCAAAAGAAGAAGGAGAAAUUUAA